AUGGCUUUCAUUGGCCUUUUCGAAAUCUUCCUGGCAGUCAUUUGCUUCUUCUUCUUCAUUCUUUACUACUUCAUCACAAACAACAACGGGUUGCCUAAGAAUUUUCCAAUAGUUGGAAUGUUGCCAGCGCUUUUGCUUAACGUUCACAGGAUUCACGAUUGGCUCACAGAACUAAUGCAGAAAAGCCAGUGCACUUUUCUCUUCAAAGGGCCUUGGUUCGCUAACAUGGACAUUCUAGCCACAGUUGAUCCAGCUAAUGUACACUAUAUAAUGAGCUCAAACUUCUCAAACUUCCCAAAAGGAGAUGAGUUCCGGGAAAUAUUUGAUAUUUUGGGAGACGGGAUUUUUAAUGUAGACUCAGAUUUGUGGAGAAGCCAAAGAAAAGCUGCUCAAGUUUUGAUGAAUCAUCAGAGGUUUCAGAAAUUUUUGGUGAAGACCAGCUUGGAAAAAAUAGAGAAAGGGCUCAUCCCAAUGCUGGACAAUGUAUCCAAGCAAUGCAAACCAGUUGACUUGCAGGAUUUGUUCCAGAGGUUUGCGUUUGAUUCUACUUGCAUAUUGGUUUCAGGAAACGAUCCAGGCUGUCUGUCCAGUGAAUUCCCGGAAGUUCCAUUUGCAAAGGCCGUGGAAGAAGCUGAGGAAUCGAUAUUUUACAGACAUGCUGUCCCAGAAAGAGUCUGGAAGCUACAAAGAUGGCUAGGCAUUGGAGAAGAACAAAAAUUGAAAAAAUCCAAGGAAGUUAUAGACCGUACAAUUCUUGAAUAUAUACAAAAGAAAAGAGCGGAGCUGAGCGAAGGCUUUACAAUGAAAGAAGAAAAAGAAGAGGGUGUGGAUCUAUUAACAUCAUACAUAAAUGAAGAUUACAAUUUCGGAGUCAAAUCUGAUGACAAAUUCCUGAGAGAUACCGCUUUUACUUUCUUGGUUGCGGGGCGGGACACAGUAAGUUCUGCUCUCACUUGGUUCUUUUGGCUUGUUUCCAGGAAUCCACAAGUGGAAACCAAGAUCAGAGAAGAGCUCAAGCUGGUAAUCCCGGAGGACAAAAUGGCGGAAAAAUGGUGGAGAUUUGACAUCAACGAGCUAAAGAAUAAACUUGUUUAUCUUAAUGGGGCGUUAUGUGAAGCAAUGAGGCUUUACCCACCCGUUCCUUUCCAGCACAAGGCGCCAUUAGCAGCGGACAUUCUUCCGAGUGGGCAUCGCGCUGUUCCAAAGACGAAGAUCUUGUUUUCCAUGUAUGCAAUGGGAAGAAUGGAAUCGAUAUGGGGAGAGGAUUGCUUGGAGUUCAAGCCUGAGAGAUGGAUUACAGAGAAAGGAGGGAUCAAACAUGAGCCUUCUUACAAGUUCUUUGUUUUCAAUUCGGGACCAAGAACCUGUCUGGGAAAAGAAGUUGCUUUCACUCAGAUGAAGGCGGUAGCAGCCACCAUAAUUCAUAACUACAAUGUUGAAGUAGUGGAAGGACAAUGUUUUGAUCCAAACAUAUCUGUUGUUCUUCAAAUGAAAUCUGGUUUAAGGAUGCGAAUAUUCAACAGAUGGGAUGAUGAUCAAUAG